GUUCUCAUCAGCCAAAACCCCAACCUCAGACCUCCCUCCAUUUUUCAGCACAAAAAGACCUUUCAUGGCGCUUCGUAAUCUUCUUCUUCUUCUUAAAACUCCUCCUUAUCUUCACCUUCGCCUCAUGGCUUCAUCAACCUCCCUCUUCCCUUCCUCUAUUCACCUCCGCUCCCUUACUUCCGCCGCCUCUCGAGCUCCUUCCUUCAGUUUCCUUGAGUUCAGUGGGACGAGAUUUCGAGCGAGGAAGAUUCCCACUAGCUUGCGGCUGGCACAAAAUGUAGUAGUCUCUGCGAAGGCUUCCAUGUCAUCAAGUGCUGCUACUAAAACAUCGCCGGGAAGUGAGAGUUUGAAGGCUUAUGGGUCAGAGCAAAUUCAGGUACUGGAAGGCUUAGAUCCUGUAAGAAAGAGGCCUGGAAUGUAUAUUGGGAGCACAGGACCUCGUGGACUGCAUCAUUUGGUCUAUGAAAUAUUGGAUAACGCUGUUGAUGAGGCUCAAGCUGGUUUUGCCUCAAAGAUAGAUGUUGUCUUGCAUGCAGAUAAUUCUGUGAGCAUCACUGACAAUGGACGUGGGAUCCCUACUGAUUUGCAUCCUGCUACGAAGAAAUCUUCCUUGGAGACUGUGUUGACGGUAUUACAUGCAGGUGGCAAGUUUGGUGGUUCCAGCAGUGGCUACAGUGUCUCAGGUGGACUACAUGGCGUGGGUCUGUCCGUGGUUAAUGCCUUGUCUGAGUCGUUGGAAGUUUGUAUUUGGCGUGAUGGGAAGGAGUUCCACCAAAAGUAUUCUCGUGGAAAGCCGGCAACCACUCUAACAUGCCAUGUUCCUUCAAAUGAGUUGAAAGAUCAUCAAGGAACUCGCAUCAGAUUUUGGCCCGACAAAGAAGUCUUUACUACUGUAAUACAAUUUGACUACAACACAAUAUCUGGACGAAUUAGGGAGCUAGCUUUUCUAAACCCCAAGUUGACUAUAACCCUUACAAAGGAAGAUGAUGAUGUGGAGAAGAACCAAUACAAUGAAUACUGCUAUGCUGGUGGCUUGGUUGAAUAUGUGGCAUGGUUGAACAGUGAUAAAAAACCACUUCAUGAUGUAUUUGGUUUCAGAAAAGAAACGGAUGGAGUAGCCAUUGAUAUUGCACUUCAAUGGUGUGCAGAUGCAUAUUCAGACACAAUUCUGGGAUAUGCUAAUAGCAUACGGACUAUUGAUGGUGGCACCCAUAUAGAUGGGAUGAAGGCUUCAUUGACGAGAACACUAAAUAAUCUUGGAAAGAGAUCAAAGAUUAUUAAGGACAAGGAUAUCAGCUUAAGUGGUGAACAUGUUAGGGAGGGAUUAACCUGUGUUGUCUCUGUGAGGGUCCAAAAUCCAGAGUUUGAAGGACAGACUAAGACAAGGUUGGGAAAUCCUGAAGUGCGAAAAGUAGUUGAGCAAUCUAUACAGGAGUACCUAACUGAAUACCUGGAGUUGCACCCUGAUGUCCUUGAUUUAAUCCUUUCAAAAUCUUUAAAUGCUCUCAAGGCUGCUCUGGCUGCUAAGAGGGCAAGGGAGCUUGUGAGACAAAAAAGUGUCUUGCGUUCAUCAUCACUUCCCGGCAAACUAGCUGAUUGCUCAUCAACUGAUCCUGAGGACUCAGAAAUUUUCAUUGUUGAGGGAGACUCUGCAGGUGGAAGUGCAAAACAGGGCCGUGAUAGGCGCUUCCAGGCUAUUCUCCCUUUGAGGGGAAAAAUCUUAAACAUUGAGAGGAAAGACGAGGCUGCAAUGUACAAAAAUGAAGAGAUUCAGAAUUUAAUUCUUGCUCUUGGACUUGGAGUCAAGGGGGAAGAUUUUAAAAAGGAGGCUCUUCGUUAUCAUAAAAUAAUCAUAUUGACGGAUGCUGAUGUAGAUGGUGCUCAUAUCCGAACUCUGCUCUUAACAUUUUUCUUUAGAUAUCAGAAAGCUUUGUUUGACCAAGGUUGCAUUUAUAUUGGAGUUCCACCUCUUUACAAGGUUGAGAGGGGGAAGCAAGCGUACUAUUGCUAUGAUGACAAGGAGCUAAAAAGGCUUCAAAGUUCCUUCCCUUCAAAUGCAUCAUAUAAUAUUCAGAGGUUCAAAGGUUUGGGAGAGAUGAUGCCUGCCCAACUAUGGGAAACAACAAUGGACCCAGAACAAAGGAUGCUGAAGCAGUUGGCAAUUGAGGAUGCAGCAGAAGCAAAUGUCGUAUUUUCAUCUCUUAUGGGUGCCCGAGUGGAUUUCCGAAAGGAACUUAUUCAGAAAUCUGCAAAUAUGAUCGAUCUCGGGCAUCUAGACAUAUAAGUAUAUGUUAUUAGCUUCUAAUCCAAGAAGGGUAGGAACAGGAUGGUCAGCUUUGGAACUUGCUUGGUUGAAGUAUUUAUCUCAUUGGCAUUCAUCAUCGUCGUCGAUGGUGUUCGGCAGACGAACAUAGCUUUGAAUCAGGCCCACACCAUGGGAGUGCUGUGCUCAUUGGUCUGUAUAGAAGGAGAAAAAUUUAGGGGACUCCAGGGUGGUACAGUUGAGAUGUCAUUUUGAUGCAUGAAAUGUUGUUGGAGCAAGUUUUGGAUGUUUCUGGCUUGGCUCCAUUCUGCGUUUCUCCUUUUUGCCCCAUCCUGAUGUUGUAUAAUUUUACACAUAUUUAGACAACUUAGACGACCCUGUUUUCUCAUUGGCUAUCUAAGAUCGAUCGAAGCUUGGUUUGAAGUAUCGAAUUGUACCACUCGACUUAUAGGAGUUUAUCUUAACUCAUAAGAGUUUGUUCGGGGUUCUUGGACUA